AUGCGUCUUCCCUACGUUCAAGACCCUCCACAAACAAGUACAGCCCAGGAAGCUCGGAUUCUCGCAGACAUCCAAGCCCGACGCGGUCCAAACCCGCUUCUCCCUCUGGAUUUAGCUCUACUGCACUCUUUCCCUAUCGCAGAAGGAUGGAACUCAUUCUUUGGGGCAAUCAGAACACAAUCUAUUCUGUCAGCUACGGUUCGAGAGCUUGCAAUCUGCCGGGUUGCGGUAGUGAAUGGCGCCUUGUUUGAAUGGGAGCAACACGCUCCGUUACUACGCAAGAGUGGAAUCAGUGAUGAGGUGCUGGAUAUCAUCAAAGAUGCAGAAAUUGACUUUUCGAACGAAUCACUCUCCGCCUUUUUGAGCCCCGAGCACAGAAUCGUGCUGAGAUAUACGGAUGCCAUGACAAAGACGAUCAAAGUCCCAGAUGAGGUGUUCGACGGUCUCAAAUCCCUCUUUAAGCCUCAGGAGGUCCUCGAAAUGACGACCACCAUUGCAGGGUACAACUGUGUUAGCCGGAUUUUGGUAGCUUUGGAUAUUGGGGAAAGAAACCAGGGGGCUGAUGAUUGGCUCGCAUCCAGAAGCCGUUGUCUUGAUUCUUGUCAGUUGUGA